CAACUAUAAUGUUGUUCUGCAGUGUGGUUACCGAGCGGAGCAGUUUCAGACAACCGGUUCCCCUCAUUCAGCUGACCGAUCUCGUAGAUCGGCACCUUGCCAGCCAGCGUCAUGACAACCUGAACCCAAGUGAUUCAGUGUCUGUGGAGGAAAGCUGUAGAGGUGGACAAUGAACGACAAGCUGGUAUUCCUGGGCCUCCUGUACUUUGUCCAGGGGAUCCCCUACGGCCUCCAGUCCUCCCUCCUCCCCGUCUACCUGCGCGGGGCCGGCCACUCCCUCACCCGCAUCGGCCUGACCAAGGUCCUGUACUUCCCCUGGGUGCUCAAGGUGCUGUGGGCGCCGCUCGUGGACCGGGUGGGCACCAAGCGGCGCUGGCUGGUGGGGACCGUCUCCGGCCUGGCCCUCACCUGCCUCUCCAGCGCCGCCCUGGCCCCCGAGGCGCACAUCUGGGGCGUGGUGGGCACGCUCCUGGCCAUGAACGCCCUGGCGUCGGUCCAGGACAUCGCGGUGGACGGCGCGGCCGUGGGCCUGCUGAAGGGCCGCAGCGAGCUGGGCCUGGGGAACACGGCGCAGGUGGUGGGCUACAAGGCGGGCUCUGUGUUCGCCGGCGGCGGGCUCCUGGCCGUCAUCGACGUGGCCGGCUGGGGCUGGAUGUUCAUGCUGCUGGCAUGCGUGUACUGCGGCGUGGCCCUGUUUGUGUGGGGCGCCCCCGUGCUGGACGACGACUGCGUGAAGAGCCAGGCGGAGGGCAGGAAGGGGGGGGGCGACGCGGUCCAUCCGUGGAGGGUGUGGAGGAAGCUGAUGGCCGUGCCGGGGACCCCCUGGACGGUGCUGUAUGUCCUCACGUACAAACUUGGUGAGCAAGGAGCGGUCACCAUGUUUCCUCUGUUCCUAUUGGACCACCACAUGACGGCGCGCGAGCUGGGCUUCUGGAACGGCGUGGUUGCCAUGGGAUUCUCCAUCCUGGGCUCCUCUCUAGGCGGUCUACUGCUCGCACAGUAUACAAUACCCGGCUCCCUGAUGCGCCGUGUGUUUGUGAUGCGGACGGCCAGCAUGCUGUUCCAGAUCUCCCUGCUGGCCAUCCUGGAGCCGUCCCCCCUCAUGAAAGCGAUGGCGGUGUUGAGUCUGAGCGUGCAGCACUUCCUGGGCGGCCUGAUCACCACGCUGACCUUCACCACCAUGAUGCACUGCACCCAGAGAGCCGAGGAGAGCGUCCAGGCCACCCACUACAGUUUCCUGGCCACGCUGGAGGUCCUGGGAAAGCUGAUGUUCAGCGCCCUGGCCGGGGGCGUGGUGGACUGGGUGGGCUACCACUCGGCCUUCCUCUUCUUCCUGGUCCUGUCGGCCGGCACCGCCCUGCACGUCUGGAGAGCCACGGAAACAGGUGCCCUCCGCGAACACCUGAAAGAGCAGCCGCAAUGAACCCAGCCUCCCCUCCACCGAAACCCUUCCACUCGCCCCGCUGCCAGUCACUAACACCCUCCGGAUGUAAUGGUACAGUCCAUGAUUUGGUGGUUGGCAGGAUGGGUUCUACCACUUAACAGAUGCAAAAAAGGGGUGGGCAUUAGGCAAAUGGAAAUCCAUCAGAGCCACUUGUUUGUAUGCCGAGCCAGCAAUAAUACUUCGCCAGCAGCUACGAUAUAGUUAGCCAGGAACCUGCUAGCAAGAAACAUUUCAUGUACCAUUCUGAACAGUACUGUAUGUCAUAUCAGUUUGUUAUUAUGUGAUGUUAAGCGAUGACGUUUACAAAUGUCGCCUACCUCGUGUCUCUGUAAGACUCGUAGAGGCGAGUAUCUGCUAACUUGGUUAGCUGCUAGCCUAGCGUAGCUACUUAGCAAGCGUAAAACAUUAGAUCAGGGGGUCUCCUGCCCUGUUCCGCAAGAGCUUCCUUCCUGUAUGUCUGUAUUUGCUCUAUCCCAAGUUGUCACAAACCUGAUUUGGCACGUCAACUAGCUAAUUAUUAGAACCAGGUGCGCUAGAUUAGCGUUGGAAGCGAAAACCCACCGGAAGGUUGCACUCCAGGAGCAGGGUUGGAAAUCACUAAACUGGAUAGCCUAGGUUAGUAUUUAGCUAGCUGCCGUCACAAUGAGAAGAACUAGCCUUACACUCAGCUUGGUGCCAACUGCCCCGGGCAACUUAAUUGCACAUUUUCAGGUCUUUUUUUAAAUUAUUCUUUUCUGGUUAAACAAAAGAAGAAAAGAAGCGCAUAUAAUACAAAUGUUUUUGGACUACUGACUUGGGGGUGGGUGGCUUUGCUGAUGUUUUAGGUGUCUGUGUCGUCGACAAAUGUGUAAAAUAACUAUGUUGAGUAGUACUACUGUAUGUGUAAUCACUUGAAGUGGGCUUUUGUGAACACAAUGUGUCCGUCGAACUUCAUGUUGACAACCCGCUGUAGAUCAUAUGUAGACGUUCUAAGAAUCUACAGAAAGUCCACUGCAGCCGAAAUGAAAUUCAACGAGUGGUCAGGGUAGGUUGAUAGUAAUAAUCAAGGUAGUUCAAUAUACAGUGUGCACAAUGUAGCUCACAAGUAAGAACUUGCACACUUGAAUUUCUUUCUGGAUCAAGAAAUGAAAUUCAUUUGAAAGGACUUGAGCGUUUGUAGAUAGUUGGACUGGAGCAUUUAAAGAUCAUCUACACAGAUAGACUUGAAACAAGGUGUUACCCUGUCUAAUUCUGCUGCCCCUUGCGCUGCCUCUUGCGCUGCCACACCCUCUCAUGUAAAGGAGCCCUUGCCAAGGGUCUCAACUCACAGAGAGCACAGAAACCACCUGAAUAAACUGCUCAACUCUGCUGGCAUCUGUCGUAU